AAAUGACAUUUUUAAAUAUAUAACCUGAACAACUGCAGAUGAAUUAAACUCAUGAGCACGGUGAUGAUAAGUGUCUUAAUGCAAACGUGUCCACACCUUUACCUGCUUACAAUAAGUACCUGUGUGCAUCGGACCAGCCGUGGUGAGGCUGUAGAAACAGACGCUGCUCAUGUGACUGUAAAAGGCAGGGGACGGCUGCUGGUGUCGUCACGUGGAUCUGUUUACGUCUGGAGUCAUUUCCGAUACGGGGGCGACUGACGGGUGUGUCGUCCAAUCAGGAGCCGAGUACGGAGCAGAGGACGUGACGGACGUUGCUUACGCCUCUCACAUGAAAUAAGAAGAAGAAGAAGAAAAAGGAGAAGAAGAAGCUUUAGGGAUUAUAGUGACACAGUGUUGAAGUGCAUCUCCGUCGUUGCGUGGUUUCUUUAACAGCAAAUCCAAGAGAGCGAUGUCCCCGACAGCAGCUGAACCCGCGGACCAGACCAGUCUCCGGGCAGGAAAGAAGGUGUGACGGCAGCGUUGCAUAAAGGGGUUCCACUGCAGGCCAUCGUGUGCGUGUGUGUUUAUGUUGUAUGUUUAUGAGUGAGUGGCACAGCAGCUGUGGGUUGUAAGUGCCAAGAUGCUGCUGUCCCUGGGAAUGUUAAUGCUGUCGGCGACGCAGAUAUACACGAUCUUCACGGUGCAGCUCUUCGCCUUCCUCAACCUGCUGCCCGUGGAGGCUGACAUUUCUGCAUACUCAUUUGACAACAAAACGGAGAACUUCGAUGACCUGCCUGCACGUUUCGGUUAUCGUCUCCCCAGUGAUGGACUGAAGGGCUUCCUGAUUGGUGCACGGCCAGAAAAUGCGUGCGAGCCCAUCGAGCCGCCUCCGAGGGACAACUUGACGGGCGCCUUCAUUGUCCUCAUCAGGCGGUUUGACUGCAACUUUGACAUAAAGGUCCUCAACGCCCAGAAAGCGGGAUUCAAGGCAGCCAUUGUUCACAAUGUAGACGCCAAUGACUUGAUCAGCAUGGGAUCCAACGAUUUGGAUGUUAUGAAGCAGAUCGUUAUUCCCUCCGUGUUUGUGGGUGAAGAAACGGCCAACUCUCUGAAAGAAGACUACACGUAUGACAAGGGGGGACAUGUUGUCCUUAUGCCAGACUUCAGCCUGCCACUAGAAUAUUACCUGAUCCCCUUCCUCAUCAUCGUGGGAAUCUGCCUCAUCCUCAUCGUUGUUUUCAUGAUAACCAAGUUUGUCCAGGAUCGCCACAGAGCUCGGAGGAGCCGCCUGCGCAAAGAUCAGCUCAAGAAACUCCCAAUUCACAAGUUUAAGAAAGGGGACAGUUAUGACAUCUGUGCCAUCUGCCUGGACGAAUACGAAGAAGGAGACAAACUCCGAGUCCUGCCGUGUUCUCAUGCCUACCACAGUAAGUGUGUGGACCCCUGGUUGACCAAAACCAAGAAGACGUGUCCGGUGUGUAAGCAGAAGGUGGUCCCCUCGCAGGGCGACUCUGACUCCGACUCAGAGGACGGGGAGAGCGGCCCCGAUGAGAACGAGGAGGUGUCCGAGAGCACCCCGCUGCUGCGCUCCCUGGCCUCCACCAGCGCCCACUCCUUCGGGACCAUGUCGGGAGCGUCGCGCUCGGAGCAGGACCAGGAGUCCUCCGAGUACGAGGACGAUGAGCUGGACAGCAGCGACAGCGAGGAGGAAGUCACCGUGGAGACCGUGGUGGUGCAGAUGCAGCAGCCCUGCUCCGAAGGCCUCGACCACGAGCAAGACUUGCCCCGAGCUUGACGGAUUGUCGAUUGACCAAUCAGGUCACUAAACCCCCCCCCCCUGUACCUCGCCCCCCCCACCUCCAACCUCACAGCAUCAGACUUAAGUUGGGGGCACAAAAUAGAUUCAUCCUCUGAGUUCUUCUGUCACUGCUUCAAAUACAUUGUAAUGUAUCAAAUGAAAUCAAAGUUUUAUUUUGGACAUGGCCGUGGACAAAGUGCUGAUUUCCUCGUGUGUGACGUCAGUGAGUUUAUCUUAAGGGCUGUUUGACAGAUUGGACUGAUGACACUCAUGUACAGUAGACUGUUAUACUGUACUCUGCUUAGUCAUAAAAGAUUUCUCAAGAUUUUGUCCGGGUUAGUCACAAGAGGAGAAGUCCUGUUCAUCCUUGACGCAAAGUUCAGUAAACGUACUGUGUAUAUAUAAAGUAUAGAUCACAAUAAGUUUUAUGUUUACCUUUGAUUAUCUCCUCUCGUAUGUUUCAGACAACUGGAAAGAUUCAUUGUUGUACAUACAUGUUCUGCUAACUUGACAAACACUGAGGCGCUUUGCAGCAUCCAUUUUUUGUAAAACUGAAUUAAUCACUCAGUAACUAUAGAAACAUUUAACGCCACAGCAAUUAUAAUUUUGCCACUUUAAUUUCCAGCCUGACGUAUGAAGGAGCCUCGCUCCGGCUGUCUGUGUUCUGUGCCACGGUUUUACUUGUUACAGCUGGAGCCAAUGAAAAACGCAUUCAGCUCUACAGAGUGUGCUCUCCACGUAACUACACAUCCUGUUGUGGGUUACACUCCUUCAAAGUGUGAAAAGACACUUGACGGACAACUGCGUCCUCUCCACUUCCUGUGGAGAACUUCUGGCUGCUCCAGACCUAUCACUUCAUCUUACACGAGCAGUCAUUGGUCGACAGGCCUUGUAAUAGGUGUUUGACUGAUCUUGUUUUAAUACUCUUUAUAGUAAAUACGCUAACAUGUUUUUUUGUCAUUACAUACUUUACAUUACAUUACAUAUUACACUUUAUUUUCUUUGACGAAUCCUGUUGCCUUUUUUUCAGUUGAUGUAUCAUGUCUCGUCAGUGUUUAUCUGCCCAUGUUUGUCUGUUCUCAAUAUGAAUUCACUUCAAUAAAUU